GCCUUCCCAAGAGAGCUUCACCAGCUAAGGAAGGUGAAAAAAGCAGACGGAAGAAACUGAAAAAAAAAGAGGAUGGCUCUGCUUCUUGCUCUCCCAUUGGCUCUGAGCCUGCUGGGGUCCUGUCUGUGCGCCCCACCUGGAACUCUGGACGUUGAUACCUUUGACCUGGAGAGUUAUGACCUCAACGGGGAGCCCGACUGGGAGAACAUUUUCCUCAACAACUACGGGGACGCAUAUGACUAUGAUGAUCUCAAUCAGCCGCAGAUUGAGGUAGGGACGGUAGCGCCCCCUCCCACUGUGCCUGCGCCGCCCCAAAACGUUCCACCCCCCGAUUACGUGGAGGAGGUGACUCUCCCCCCACGACCCACUCAGGCCCCGGCCCCGCCGAACCUGGAUUUUGAUGGACCGGGACUGUUCGGACCUGAGACUGGACUGGGAUUGCCCACCUGCUUGCUGUGUGUGUGCAUCAGCACCAGCGUGUACUGUGACGACUCUGAUAUUGACCAGAUCCCACCCCUGCCCAAGGAAACCACCUACUUCUAUGCCCGCUUCAACAAAAUCAAGCACAUCACAGCCAGGGACUUUGUCAACAUGAAUAAGCUGAAGAGGAUUGACCUGACUGGGAAUCAGAUCUCACUUAUCGAUCAGGAUGCGUUCCGCUCGUUACCAGAGCUUGAGGACCUGCUGCUGCCCGACAAUCAGUUGCAGGGCCUGCCCGAGCUGCCCGCCACCUUGAGACACAUCGACGCCAAGAACAAUCAGCUGAAAAGCACUGGUGUCCACCAGGAUGCCUUCAAGGAUAUGACCAAACUGGAGUACUUGUACCUGUCCCAUAACCAGCUGGAUUAUGUGCCCACCCCUCUGCCAGAGAGUCUGCGUGUACUCCAUCUACAGUACAACAACAUCCAGAGCCUGCACGAGGACACCUUCUGCAACCACCUCAACCCCAACUACCUGCGGCGCCCCCUGGAGGACAUCAGGCUAGACGGCAACCCCAUCAUCCUCAGCCGUUUCGCCCAGGCCUACAUCUGUCUGCCUCGUCUGCCCGUGGGACGCACGCACUGAGGGCGA